AUGCGUCCCGGCGUCAGCGGGGCGCUGAUCGCCCAGGACGUAAGCAGAGAUUGGAUCUGCCGCUGCGGCCGCAAGAACAAGGCGGAGGGGACAAAGGGCGAGGCGGGUGGGGAUGAGACGAGGAGCGGGGACUGGACGUGCCCUGUGUGCGACCAGCACAACUUCGCGUACAAGUACAACUGCAACCGCGGCCUGGAGCGCAAAGGCUUCCCCAGACGAGGCGUUUGA